AAGUACGAUCGAUGGGAAUUCCCACAUACAAUAUAAAAUGGCAUUGCAAGUUGAUCCAGAAAAAAUGGAUACCCAUGAUGAAGAAUUUCUUGGUAUUCAACCUGAACCAAUGGAAUGUCACGGUCAAGAAGUCAGUAUUUCGGAAAAUCAGGUCAAGAACCCAGCUGGAGACUUCGUCUUUACAACAACCCAAGAAACACAACUCCAGCGAUUUUUGUGUCUCGGGGCUUCUUGCAAUGACUAUCGAACCGGAAAUCGAAGUGAAUUGAAAUUAGACGAUGUCAGGUUUAUUUUACAAUUGGUAGGCGAUGGAUUUGGGAAAAAAGUGGUUGAUUUUCUAACAGACUUCUCUACAAAUUGUCGUUCGUUCAAACAGGAUCCUACAUUGUACAGUUUGGCCCUCUGCUGUCGUUCGUCUGAUCAAAUUACAAAGCAUGCCGCCUUUGCAGCUGUACAGAAGGUUUGUAGAAUACCAACACAUCUUUUCAGAUUCCUUGACUACUGCCAAAAAGUUAGCCGUGACUUGACAUCUAGUAAAGGAUGGGGACGGGGUCUUCGCAAAGCAGUAUGUGAUUGGUACCUGAGAUAUGGUAAAUCAGAACGAAACCUGAAGCUUUUGGCGUUACACCUCACGAAAUACACAAAACGAUAUGGCUGGAGACACAGACAAGCAAUCUGUCUUGCUCAUCUCACGGUGGAAGGAAAUCCUGCUUUGAAGUAUUUGAUAAUAGUUGCAAGGAAGGGGAAACGAUAUGCCGAUUCUACUUCGCUAUUUGACAAACUUAAGAAACAAGAAAAAUAAUAAUGAAACUCAGUUGAAAGCUGUUGCCGAUUUGCUAGAUGGGAUUGAGCGUGCAAAGAAAACAAGAAAUGUCAAUGUGAUUACAGAUCUAAUCCUUAAGCACAGGUUAGUCAGAGAAAAUGUCCCAAGAUUUUUCUUAAAUGAAAAACAAGUUUGGUUGGCCUUGAGUAGACACAUGCCGAUGACAGCUCUAAUCAGAAACCUUGGGAAAAUGUCAAAUUUGGAUAUAUUCCUUCAAGAAAAUCAAAGGUCAGACAAAGAAGAAUCCUUUGAAGAAAAUUUGAUCUUGGGGAAAUUGCAAAACAGAGAACUGAUUUUAAAGGAAAAAGUUCAUCCAGUGAUCUUUCUAAAAGCAAUUAACCAGUACAAAAAAGGUCACAAUAGCUCUGAAAAAACAAAAUGGAAUGUGCUGCCCCAAAUUUGCACAGCUCUGGAAAAUGGAUUCUACUUAUCCUUUGAAAACGUCAGACCCACUGGCAAGCGUUUUCUUAUUGCAGUAGAAAUCAGUCAAUCGAUGAAGGAAGAAAUCCAGGUCCCAGGCACAUUUUCUUUACGUGCUAUAGAUGUUGCCGCCUUUAUGGUGACCUUAGCAGCUAGGACAGAACAGCAUUCUGAUGUCAUAGUCUUUUCAUCCGAAACACCUAAACCCUUAUUCAUCCAAUCAACUGCCACAAUAGACGACGUAAACGCUAGAAUUCAACAAAUUGCGGAUAAUACACGUAAUCAAGCCUCUGACGCUUCUUGGGUUUUUAAAUAUGCAUUGCAGGAGAAGAAGCGUUAUGAUGCAAUUGUAAAUACACCGAUUCCACGUCUUGUAAAGGAUAUCCACAUCCUAUGGAAGCUCUUAAAAUGUAUCGCGAAGCGGCAGGGCGAGAAGAUAUAAGAUUAGUUGUUUGUAACUUAUCAUGUACCGACUUUUCUAUUGGAGAUAGAGAGGAUCUGUUCACAAUGACCAUAUGCGGAUUUGAUUCCCAUUGUCCGCAAAUCAUUAUGAACUUCGUUCAUGGCAUUCUUUGAACUGAAUCUUAAAAACAUAUGAAAUAAUCCAUCUAAGUAUUAAUAGCAACGUCCUGAAUAAGUGCAAACCUUUCCUUAUAAUGUAACUUUUUAAAUGUCUGCAUUCACAUGAUAAAUCAAUGUGCCAAAAUCACAACCGCUCACUCCGGGACGUACUACAUAUAUGACAUUUGAUCAGCUGUAAAUUCAUGAAUAAAAGGACCAUCAGAUUUAGAUUUUGGAUAAACAAGUAUGUCUUUUUUGACAUGUACGUAUUUGCUUAUCGUGCAAUCCUAUGAUGUACAGUGUAAAUUUGUCAAAAUAUGAAAAUAUGAAAAUGGAACAUUUGAUUUUAAAGUACUACAAUGUUUACUUCAUGUUUAAAUAUUUUGUGCUCAAACAAG